UGCGCCCUCUCAUGAUUUUUGUGUUCUCCUGACCUGAAUACGAUACUGGACUUAAUCACCACCCUACAGCGUUGCAACUUGAAUUUUUGCUUGUCUAGCUUUUUCCUUGCGUUCGAACAUGGGGAAGAAGAAAGUGAAGGAAAGUGGAGGGAAAGAGCACUGCCCCUCUACUGUUUUUGUCUCGAACUUGCCCUACUCAUUCACCAAUUCUCAGUUGGAGGAGACGUUUAGCGAAGUUGGACCAAUCAGGCGUUGCUUCAUGGUCAUGCAGAAGGGGUCAUCUCAGCAUCGUGGUUUUGGUUAUGUUCAAUUCGCUGUCGAGGAAGAUGCUAACCGUGCAAUUGAGUCGAAGAAUGGUUCAUCUGUUGGAGGCCGGAAAAUUGCAGUAAAGCAUGCCAUGCCUCGUCCUCCCCGUGAAGCACGACAAUCAAAGUCAAACCAAGCAGAGAAUGCUGAUGAUAUCCCAAAGUCAAAAAAUGAUGACAAUGAUGGUGGCUUUUCUGGAGUGAAGAAGCCUUCGUCAGUUACUAAGGAAAAAGUUGUAAAUAAUGAAAACCAUUCAAGGAAGCAUAGUGAAGUGAAAAAAGCAGUUCUUUGUAGGGAUAUAGCAGAUGAGGGGGGCUGUUCUGAAAAGCAGAGGGUUGCUAGAACUGUCAUAUUUGGCGGUCUUAUCAAUUCGGAUAUGGCUGAAGUUGUUCACAGCCAAGUACGGGAGAUUGGCAGUGUGUGUUCUAUAAAGUACCCCCUUCCUAGGGAAGAAUUUGAACAGCAUGGUCUCUUGCAAGAUGGAUGUAAAUUGGAUGCUUCAGCUGUACUUUACACAAGUGUGAAAUCAGCACGAGCUUCUGUUGCGUUGCUGCAUCAGAAAGAAAUUGGAGGAGGAAUUGUCUGGGCACGUCAAUUGGGUGGAGAGGGUUCCAAGACACAGAAAUGGAAGCUUAUUGUUAGAAAUCUUCCGUUCAAGGCCAAGGAAAAUGAAGUAAAAGAAAUGUUUUCAUCUGCUGGGUUCGUGUGGGAUGUAUUUAUUCCACGCAAGUCUGAUACAGGACUGUCUAAGGGUUUUGCAUUUGUGAAAUUCACUUGCAAGCAACAUGCAGAAAAUGCUAUUCAGAAGCUUAAUGGAUCAAAGCUUGGCAAGCGCCUCAUAGCUGUUGAUUGGGCUGUUCCAAAGAAGAUAUAUAGCAAUGAUAAAAAUGGUAUGCUUGCUUUGGAAAAUGGUAGGUUUUGAUAUUUUGGUGCAAUUAUUGAACUUGACUGCCACCAUCCAUAUUACUCAAGCAAUUUUUAUUUUUCUCCUAUCAUUUUUUUGAUAUGUAAAGAGCUGGUAUUCUAAAAUUGGGGCAAUAUUAUGUAUUUGUCCUGACUUGAGCAUAAGUAUUCUGAUUCUUAUUUAAUAAAUCCGUAAUACUAUAUCAUUUGGCAAUAUGAAAGGCAUUAUCUUUUAUCUAUGGUUCAAGAAAUUCAGAUAACUUAAGGUCCUUUAUUUUCAUUUAUCUGCAUUAGAUACUAUUAUGCCUCCGUAUAUUAAUGGCACUCACAUUUUUCUGGCAAAGUUAACAAGUCUUCCAUCUAUAGACUUGAUAAUUUCUUUGAGGUCAAAGUUCAAUGUUUCCAUUUACAGUCUUUUGAAUGUCUACAGUACGUUUUGUUCUCACUGCUAACACUGCAGUGAGGUAUAGAUAUUUUAAGAUUUGCUGGCAUCAACAUAUCAGUUUUAACUGAUUGUUUGGGUAAUUUCUGAACUUUGAAGUAGAAUAUGCUUAUGGAAUGCCUGCCAUAUGAUAUUCGUUUCCAUUCUUGUUCACAUUUGCAAUUCCAAUGUUGGGGCUUUACCUUUGUCUAUACCUUUCUUCUUGACCUAGUGAUAUUGAAAGGGUGAAGUUUAUUUGUGCUUGGCUCUAUUUUUUUCAACGGAAUCUUCAUUUCUUCUAAUUUGCAAAGAUAUUGGUUAGCUUUU